CAGGGCCGCGGCGGCCAGUGGCGGCUCGGGGAAGCGUCACAUGGGGCAGCGGGCGCCGCCGUGAGGGACCGCGGUGCCGCUGGCGCUCACACCGCCGGGGAGCCGCAGCCAUGUUCGGGGGCUUGGGGCGCUGCUUCGAGGAGGACCCCUUCUUCCGAGAUCCUUUUGCUGCACACCAUGAAUAUAUGCGGCAGAUGAUGAGAAGCUUUUCUGAUCCUUUUGGACGAGAUCCAUUUCUCAGUGUAACAGAUGGUGGGGAGAGAACAGUAGAUCGAAGAGCACGCCAGGACUCUCGUGUUGCUCUAAGAGGAAAUCGCACAGAUGCAGAUUUUGGAGAGCCUUUUUUUGCAAUGGACAGGAUGAUGUCAAAUAUGAGAAACAGUAUGCUGGAAAUGCAAAGAAAAUUUGAUGACAUGUCCAUCCAUCCAGAUGCACACACAUUCAGCUCCUCCUCUGUGAUGACAUACUCCAAAGUAGGGGAUGAACCACCAAAAGUUUUCCAGGCUUCAUCUCAGACACGCACAGCUCCAGGAGGUGUUAAGGAGACAAGAAAAGCACUUAAGGAUUCUGAAAGUGGGCUGGAAAAAAUGGCUAUUGGUCAUCACAUUAAUGAUCGUGCUCAUGUCAUUAAAAAAUCAAAGAACAGCAAGACUGGUGAUGAAGAAAUGAACCAAGAAUUCAUCAACUUGGAUGAAAAUGAGGCCCAGACCUUUGAUGAAGAGUGGCAGAAAGAGAUUAUGAAGUUCAGGCCAUCUAGAACUAGAUGCACUUUAGAAGCUCCAAAAUACAGAAGUACUCAUGAUAUACCCAAGGGAGAUGGAUUAAGAAGAGAGAAACCACGGGCAAUUGCAGGUUCCAGGGAGCCCAGAGGUUCCUUGGAGAAUCUCAGUGUGAAAGGAACACAUGUCCCCAUCAGAAGCAGCAAAAAAUAAAUUGCUUCCAUUCUCCAUUUGAAUGGAGUUUCUUCAGAGAAGAUAACGGUGCUGGAUUGCUUAUGUUUGUAUAAGUAUACACAUAUAUAUGACCAAUCUCUGUUUUUUGUUUUAAUAAGUAUUAGCGUGCCUUACUACUACGAUCUUUUGACAACUGAAUGUUCUUUAAAACUUCAGAUCCUUGGUCAAACCAUCCAGUUUAAGUAAAUUAAAACCACAACAAUUUUCUGUUUAAAAGCACUUUAAUGGGUUAUCAGUAAUUCUGUUUAAAAAAGAAAAUAAAAAAAUGCUUUGAUUUGCAAAAUUUUUCUGCUACAUCUGUACCAGUCUCAGGCUUCUUAUUAAGCCUGGUAAUGCAACUAUUUUUCCCCCACACUCUAACUUACACAGAAAGUAAAUUCUCUUUUUAUUUUUUGGCUGAAAUAAUUACUGGUUUUUCUAGGUGACAUAGCAAUUAAUAGCAAUUUGAAUACACUAUAGCCACUAUAUCUACCUAUCUAUCUAUCUUUAAAAUCGUACUGUAAUCUGUUAUAGAAUCCCCAGAUUUACCUUGAUUUAGCAUGAAGAAAAGUGAAAUAGUAAAACAACAAAUACUUAAAAUAAAUUUUAUCAGUUUUAGUUUUAUCAGCAUUCUUAUGUUUAUAAGCUGUGCGUGCAUCUCUUCUGUGCCUAGACCGUUGGUUUUGUAUUUCUGAUCCUUUGUAUAUUUCCUUUGGAGGUGACCCAUUAUUUUUAAUUCUUGAAGAUUCUCUGUAGUAGCUUUUAAUUAUGCUGUAAUAAUACUGCUGUGGCUUAAACCACACCUGUAACUACUAGUUAUUGACCAGAAAAAUACGUGGAAGAAACUGGUUGAGUUAGCAGUAAGUUUAACUGGAUAAUGAAUGAUUACACCAUUUCUUCUGUCCUAAAAAGCUAAAAGAGCCCUGAAUACAGGAAACCAUUUCCAUGAUCUCCAUGCUAUAUCACAAAUAAUUUCUGUAGACUAUAUCGUUGCAGCAUUAGCAUAUAUUUCAAGGCUAAAACAUUUUAAUAUAGCCUUAAAAAGUAACUAUUUGUAUGAUAAAAUAGGUUUCGUAAGUUAAUAUUUGUUUGGCCAAAAAGCAAGUGGCCUCUAAAUCAUAUUUAAUCUUUCUGCAGAUUCUGCGGAUUAUUUAAUUCUAAGCUUAUUAAUGUGCAAAAAUAAUCAAAAAUACUUUUAUUGAACUCUGCCAAGGGCAAGACAGUUGUUUAUUUGCUUGUUUAAUGCAAUAGUCUCUUCCUAUUAUUAGAGCAAACACUACUGGCAAUAAAUCUAUGCUGUUGAACUACUCCACAUGCAGGCAAGGUAAGUGGGUGGUAAGAGCAUAGUAGCAACUCCUGAUGGAAGGACAGGCUGGAACUGUGUGAUAACAAAGUCGCGCCUGCCACAACCCUGAAUCUUUUACUCCCCUUUGAAAGCAAGAGUACAACUCUAGGGCCUGAUCUUCUGUACAUUGAAGACAAUAUUGAUUUUGCAAUUAAUGUUAUUGAGAAUAUAAGGCCAUGGAGGCAUUUUCCAGGUAUGUCACUUAAACUUCGCAGUGAAAAACAGCAGAAAAGUUGUUAAUGUUGUAACUUUAGAAGAUAUCUUUGGUUUGGGAGCUGCUGCUAUUUAACAGAAAAGAGUAUUCAUCUGACAAGUUAGGGUUUUUUUUUUUUCCAUGCUUUACUGAGAUUAAAACCCCCAUGAUACAUAAUCAAUAAAACAAGUACGUACUUCAGUUUUAAAAUUAUAGUGGAAGGAGGCUGAUAUUAAUUACAGGUUACUUUGUUAUACAAGCCAGUGUUCUAAAAUGUAAUGUGGAAGAAGCUGUUCUGUAUAGAAACAUCUGAAACUGUAAUUCUUUAAUAAAGUUAUUUAUUAUUUGUGGUUA